CUCAGUUCCUCUCGUGUGCCCGCGCGUAGAGCAGUAUGUGUGGCUCCUGCUCCUCGUGGCUGCGUCUGUGAGCUUUCCUCUUGUGACACAAUGGAAAGGGCGUUACUUAAAUUUCUCCUCACCGUUGGCUUCACAGCGGGCCUCAGCUUCAUGCCAGAGGUCCAGCAUAUGAAUCUUACUACUGGAGGAGUUCAGUGCACGGACCAACAGUUUGCCUGCCACGACGGACUCAAAUGCAUCCCAAAGUCCCAUAUGUGUGAUUUCUCCCCGGACUGUCUGGACGCGUCUGAUGAGCCUGAGGAUUGCCCGCCACGGGAGUGCACAACCUUCACGUGUAACAUCACAAGGAAGUGUCUGCCGCAGGGGUGGGUGUGUGACGGAGACUCGGACUGUGGCGCCGAGGACAAUUCAGACGAGGAUAACGCGCUAUGUAAGAAGGGGAACACCUGCCCUCUUAACUACUUCAGAUGCCAGGACGCCAUCACCUGUAUAUUCUUGAGGGAGGUGUGUGACGGACGCUCUGACUGCCCUGAUAACAGUGACGAGGGAAACUUCUGCGAGGAAACCAAUCUGUGUGAAUCCAAGACUUGUCACCAUGGCUCGCCCACCAAUGAGGGGCCACAGUGCUUCUGUCCAGACUGGCAGCAACCCAAUGGAACCACUUGUGUUGAUGCUAAUGAGUGUGAGAGGGAGGGUUCAUGUGACCAGGUGUGCACCAACAGGGACCAGGGCUUCUCCUGCUCCUGUGGUCUGGGCUAUGACCUGGUGGGCAUCUCACACUGCCGUGGCAAGAAUGUACCGCCCUAUGAGCCGGCCACGCUCCUCUACGCCAGUAACUCUGGUCUGGCGCGGCUGUACCUCAACGGCACUGCCAUUCCCGGCAAGACACGCUUCAAUCUGAGGUUUGCUGUCAACAUGGACUUCAACCACAGGAAUAACUCGGUGUGCUGGGUCAACGCCAACAGCACCUGGUCAUCCUUUCAGUGUGCGUCGGCAGACAACCUCAACAACACGUGGCUCAUCCCGCAACCCUCCCAGCACGGCCUCGGCUAUGUGAAUGAUAUUGCGCAAGAUUGGGACGGGAACUGGUACAUCCUGGACCAGCGGGAGAUGAUCUUCCUGUGCAACGCCACCAUGCAGGUCUGCCUCACGCUGCUGGAUGGCAUGAUGAAUGAGCCGCGGGGCAUCGCUCUCGACCCCGUCACAGGGUACAUGUUCUUCACCAACUGGGGCACCAGACAACCCAUGCUGGAGCGAGCACUGAUGGAUGGCAGUGAGAAGAUGUCCCUCGUGAAUACCAAGAUUGUGUACCCGUUUGGCGUGACGGUGGACUUCCCCAACCAGCAUGUGUACUGGGUGGAUGGCUACCUCAGCCACGUGGAGAGAGUGGACUACAACGGCGAGAACAGACGCAUCAUACUAAAGCUCAAAACUGAUGAGAGUCCGUAUGGCAUCUCAGUGUUUGAAAACUUCCUAUACGUCACCAGCUGGAAGGACGACAGCAUUAAGCGCAUUUCGAGGUUCCAGGGCCACAAUGUCACCACCUUCCCCACCAACCUGAUGGAGCCAAUGCACAUACAUGUCUUCCACCGCCAGAGGCAGCCUGAGGUGAUUCACCCGUGUGGUCAGAGGAACGGUGGCUGCCAGCACAUCUGCAUUCCACUAUGGCAGGGCAGGCGACCUGUGGCCUCGUGUCGCUGCCAGCCGGGACACAUUCUGGUGCCUCAAGGAUCUGGAAACUGUGUAGCGUUUCAGCCUCAGGCCUUCCUCAUCUACGCCAAGGGCCGGCCAGGGAUGAUCAAAGGUCUCAAUCUUGACAGAGAAGAUAAUUCCGAGGUCAUGAUCCCCAUCACCUCCCUCACCCGCCCCACCACACUGGACUACGACGUGCGGACACAGUUUAUUUACUAUGCAGACAUUCAAAGAUUUGUCAUUGAGCGCAGGAAUCUCAAUGGAACGGUAAGGGAGGCUGUGGUGACCUCCGCUAUCUUCAACAUUGAAGGGCUGGCAGUGGACUGGAUGGGCAGGAAUAUUUACUGGACGGACGAGGGAGUGUCCUCAAUAUAUGUUUGCUCAAUGGAAAACCCAGAAAAACGCAAGAUGUUGCUGCACGGAAACCUGACCAAUGCCCGAGCCAUCGUGCUAAAUCCCCGGGAUGGCUACAUGUACUGGUCUGUGUGGCACUUCACCUCCCGAGGCAGGCAGGCCUCCACUGCCAGCCAGAGUGUCAUUGAGCGUGCCUGGAUGGAUGGCUCUCAUCGGGAGCCCUUUGUCAUUUCUGAGUUACAGUGGCCCAACGGCCUCACUAUUGACUUUAAGGAAGGCUAUCUGUACUGGUGUGAUGGCUAUCACAGAGUGAUUGGGAGGGUGAAGCUGGAUGGCACUGGGCGGGAGGUGGUGUUGAGAGGCGCAGUGUUGAGUCACCCAUAUGGCAUUGCCUACCAUGAAGGCUUCAUCUACUGGUCAGAGUUCCAGAGUGGUGCCAUUAAGCGGGUCAAGCUGGGCGGUGACAAAGACCCCGAGCAGCUCAAGCAAGAGAGCCCGUACAUAUUUGAUCUGAAAGUCUUCACCAACAGCAGCCAGCAAGAUGGCAAUGACUGCACAAGUGGAGCCUUGCAGUGUGCAGACCUGUGCCUGGCCACCCCAGAGGGCCCUGUGUGUGCCUGUGCCAAGGCUCGCCACCCUGACCCCAGUAAUCCCAAGAAGUGUAUCACCAUUGUUGAUUUCACUGAACCAAGCCUGUGCAAUGUGAGAGAGUUCCAGUGCAAGAAAAAUCUCCGUUGUAUCGACAAACGUUACAUCUGUGACGGCGACAAUGACUGCAUGGACGGCAGCGAUGAAGACUCUUCUCCCGGUGGCAUAUGUGAGCAUGCCCAGUGCAAAGGCGACAUGUUCAAGUGCGGGAACAACCAGUGCAUUGAUCCCCACUGGGUGUGUGACGGUGACAAGGACUGCGCCAAUGGUUUAGACGAGAGUGAGGAGCAGUGUCUCGUGCCGUACUGCUCGGCCGACAAGUUCAGGUGCAAGAUAUCUGGCCACUGCAUCCCUCACUCGUGGGUGUGCGACAUUGACAGGGACUGCGGUCCAGACGAUGACUCAGAUGAACACUCAACUUGUGAUUAUGCAGAGUGUGAUGCAAUGGAUUUCAAGUGUGACAACAAGCGGUGCAUUAAGUCUCUCUACGUGUGCGAUGGCGACGAUGAUUGCCGGGACGAGAGUGAUGAGAAAUUCUGCCACCAAAUCUGUGCCAACACCACAUCAUCAGGCACUGCUGUAUCCCCACUCUGUGCCAAUGUGUGCCGGAACAUCACAGACCCAGCUCUGUGUGCUGACACUGUAGGCUGCACACCUUGUAGUGGCUUCACCACCUGCCUGGCAGUGUACCAAAUGUGUGACAAGGAGCUCAACUGUCCAGAUGGCAGCGAUGAGACCAACUGUGAGGAAGUGACAUGCUCCGAGAGUGAGUACAUGUGUCUCAGGACGAGAGAGUGCAUUCCCAAAGACCUCAAGUGUGAUGGAAACCCUGACUGCAUUGACCAGUCUGAUGAAGCGUCGUGUGAAAAUAUUACCUGUUCACACAGUGAUUGGAAAUGCACCACCAAGCACCAGUGCAUCCCUGAAAUAUGGAAGUGUGAUGGAGAGAAGGACUGUCACGACGGCACUGAUGAAGAGAACUGCCAAAACACUACCAUCAAGUGCCCCUUGCCAGGCCACGUAUGUGACAAUUUCACUCGUUGCGUCCAGCCCGACACCCUCUGUGACGGACACAACCACUGCAAGGAUGGCAGUGAUGAGGGCGGGCGCUGCGGAGAGUCUGACUGUGAGGUGAUGGAGUGUGAGAAGAACUGCACUCAGGGUCCAGGUGGGCCUGUGUGCACCUGUCCUGCCGGACAGACUUUGCUGUCUGACGGACGGAUGUGCUCACUCCUUCACCCCUGUGAUGAAUGGGGCACCUGCUCCCAGAAGUGUGUGCCCACCAGACACAUGUAUAAAUGUACCUGUAUUGAGGGCUACAUGAUAGAGGCUGACCACUUCACUUGCAAAAGUACAGAUCCUGCCAUUCCUUAUGCCAUCUUCAGCAACCGCCAUGAGCUUCUCAGCAUCACGCUCAACAACAAAGGCAUGGGCGUCAAGGCGCUCAUCUCCUCCCUCAAGAACACCAUCGCUCUCGACUUUUUCCACUCUGAUGAGGGAGAUGCCAUAUUCUGGACUGACAUUGUGGAUGAUAAGAUUUACAAAGGAACUCUCUUGGCUGGAGUGCUUACCAACAUAGAGGUGGUGGUGCAGACAGGGCUGUCCACCGCUGAGGGGCUGGCGGUGGACUGGAUGGCCGAGAACCUGUACUGGGUGGAGAGCAACUUGAACCAGAUUGAGGUGGCUAAGCUCAACGGCUCAUACAGACGAACACUCAUCACCUCAGACAUGGAGAACCCCAGAGCCAUCUCUCUCGAUCCCAGAGUUGGCAUGGUCUUCUGGACUGACUGGGAGAAAGACAAGUCCAGAAUUGAGUCGAGCAGCAUGUCGGGGGAGGGGCGGCGUGUGGUGGUGUGGAUCAAUGAGGCGGCGGGCGGUGGCUGGCCCAACGGACUCACCCUGGAUUAUGCCCUGCGCCGGAUUUAUUGGACCGAUGCUAAGUCCGACUCCAUCCAUACUGCUUUCUACGAUGGCUCAGAUCAAAGAACGAUCAUUCAGAAGCACCACCUCCUGUCUCACCCCUUCGCCAUCACACUGUAUGGCAACUAUGUGUACUGGACCGACUGGAAAACUAACUCUGUCAUUAGAGCCAACAAAUUCCACGGGACAGAUGUGGAGGAUGUGGAGCGGACCAUCACCCAGCCAUUUGACAUCCAGAUCCUUCACCCGAGCCGCCAACCACGAGAUGGGCCUAAUCCGUGCAAGGUUAACAAUGGUGGUUGCUCUCACCUGUGUCUGCUGAGCUUCAAUGGGACCCGCCAAUGCAACUGCCCGCACAUCAUGAGUCUCGGCCCAAACAACAUGACUUGCAUUCACAAUGAGGAGGUGCUGCUGCUUUCCCUUGGUGAUGAGAUCCGAGGGGUUGACCUGACCAAGCCCACACACGACAUCAUUCCCCGCAUCCCGUCCCCUAAGGUGAAGAAUGUCCUAGCCAUGGACUUCUACGCCAGCAAGAAGAGAAUAUACUGGGCUGAUGCUGAAGUCAAUAAAGUGAUGAGGGUGAGUCUGACUGGCUCCCUCAUUGAGACUGUCAUUGACACCGUGCUCAUUGCUCCCUCGGGUCUUGCCAUCGAUUGGCUGUCAGGGAACAUGUUUGUCACCUCCCUGGGGGCCACAAAGCAGAUCAGUGUGGCAACCUUGGAUGGUGAAUUUUUGAUACCGAUCAUAAAAGACAAUCUAACCUACCCCUUGUCCCUUGCUAUAGAUCCAUUCAAUGGUAGGAUCUUCUGGUCAGACAUUGGGGAGAAUGAAGGAGUGUUCAUGGCAACGAUGGUGGGGAGUAACGUGACGGUGGUGUCCUCGCCGACAAGUAACAAGUUGCUGUCCAAUGCCUCCAGCCUCUCCUACGACUCAAAGGACAGGCGUCUCUAUUGGGUCAACCUGGGCACAAACACCAUUCAGUACAAAGAUCUGGUGACAAACAGAUUGUUCAACCUUGAGCAUCGCCCUUCUGAUUAUGUAAGCAGGCCAGAAGCCUUUGUUGUUUACCAGGAUUUUGUUUACUUUGCCAAUAGCUCAGGCACUAUUUGCAAGAUGGACAAGACUACUGGGAAUCGGUUUGAAGUGGUCAGGUCUGGACUGGGGAAGAUUCUGUCCCUUAAGAUAUACGAUGCGUCAGUGCAGAACGGCAGUAACGCCUGCACACAGAACAGCCUGCCGUGUGCUCACCUGUGCCUGCCCACACAGAAGACCACCAAGGAAUGCCACUGUGCUGUUGGCUACAAGGUGGACAGAAAGGUCCACACGCGGUGCAUUGGGGACGAUGGCAUUCUCAUAUACUCCAGUGAUGCUGGACUCAAUGGACUGAGUGUGAUAUCUCCUCUGACAGUCGGGGAGGCCCUGACCUCCAUACCAGCUGUGGGGUCGGCUACAAGGCUCGAUUUUGACUCAAAUCAGGACCUAAUUGUGUGGGCGGACAGCAACAGGGGAACCAUCACCACCAUUGGCAGGGACGGCACCAACCGGCAAGUCAUCGUGAAGGACUCCAAGGGGGUGGAGGGCAUUGCAGUGGACUGGGUGGCCAACAACCUAUAUUGGACAAACCCUCGAGACAACGUCAUUGAAGUGUGUCGCCUCAAUGGCUCUGAGCACUUUGUAAUCCUUGCCAAUGAUCUGGAGGAGCCAGGAGCCAUUGUUGUGGUCCCCAGCACUGGCCACCUGUAUUGGGUGGACCACGGCGCCAACGGGGCAAGGAUUGAACGAGCAACUCUAGAUGGAGGGAACCGGAGCAUUCUGGUGAACGAGUCACUUCAGUACCCAGUGGACUUGGCAGUGGAUAUUAGUGGCAACCACCUGUACUGGGUGGACCGCAGAGCCAAGACGCUAGAGCGGAUCAACCUGGACGGCACAGGUCGGACGGUCUUGCUGGACGAAGCAACUCUCCAGCAGCCUGUGGCCGUCUUUGCCUACAGUAACAACAUCUACUGGGCUGACAAAGGGUACGCAGGCGGCUCAGUGAGGACAGCUCCCGAGGACAACCUGGGGCGGGUGUCGACCCUGAGGGACAGCCUGGGGGACUCUGUGAAGGACAUCAUCAUCAUGAACUCGAACACCCAGAUUGGCAUCAACCAUUGUGCCAUCAACAACGGUGGCUGUGAGGAACUCUGUCUCUACAAUGGCACACACGCCAACUGCAAGUGUUACCAUGGACAGGUUGAUGCCAGUGGAAAGUCGUGUAAAGAGUACGAGGCUUUCCUCAUGUUCUCGACCAUCACUGCCAUUGACAGCGCUCACAUGUUUGAUGAAAAGGAACCUAACACUCCCUUGAAGAAGAUCACCUCCAACCUCAUGAAGAAUGCCGUCAGCUUGACCUUUGAGUAUUCCACCAAACGUGUUUUCUACUCGGACAUCCAGAAGGGAAGCAUCAACACAGUGUUUUUCAAUGGAUCUGGCCAUGAUGUCCUUGUUGAGAAGCAGGGUUCGGUGGAAGGACUGGCGUUUGAUGAGAAGGAGCGAGAUCUUUACUGGACCUGCCAGAGUGACCCGGCCAUUAACCGCAUGAGUGUGGACUCCAGCAAAAGGUUGAAGUGGGUGGAAAAAAUAGUCCACCUUGAGUCGGGGGACAAACCAAGGGGCAUUGUGGUUGACAGCUGUGAACGCCAGAUCUACUGGACUAACUGGAACUCCGAGGCUCCGUCCAUCCAGCGCUCCUACGUGGACGGCAACGGCCUGAAGUCCAUCGUCACCACACACAUCCGCAUGCCCAACAGUCUAGCAAUUGACCACAUGGCGCAGAAGCUGUACUGGGGAGAUGCACGCCUGGACAAGAUUGAACGCUGCAAUCUGGAUGGCUCUGACAGGGUGAUACUGCUCAAGAUCACUCCCAGCCACCCGUUUGACCUUGCGCUGUAUGGGGACUAUAUUUUCUGGACUGACUGGGUGCUGCGUGGUGUGGUGCGCGCCAACAAGUACACUGGGGAGGAGGUGGUGAGGCUGCGCAAGAAUGUGGAUUGGCUGAUGGGCAUCGUGGCUGUGGCCAAUGACACCAAUGCAUGUGAUGCCAACCCAUGUCACAUCCUCAAUGGUGGGUGUGAGGACAUCUGCCAGCUGGAUGAGCGGGCGCAGGUGCAAUGCCGCUGCUCACCCGGCCGGACACUGCUGGCUGAUGACCGCCGCUGUGCUGUCAGGGUUGCCAAUUGCACUGAAGACCAGUUUGAAUGCAGCGUUGGCUUCUGCAUCCCUUACACUUACUCCUGCGACGGAGUGGCUGAGUGUCCCGAUGGAUCUGAUGAAGAUGAGCAGCACUGCCUGACUCGCACCUGCCGGGAAAAUUAUUUUUCCUGUGGCAAUGGCCCCUGUGUGCCCAAGGAGUCCGUGUGUGACCGGCGCGCCAACUGCCCAAACUUCAAGGACGAGAGCGACUGUGAGUGCAAUGAGGAUGAGUUCCGGUGCCACACGUCAGGCUUCUGCAUCAACGCCGGCCUGAGGUGUGACUUUGACCCAGACUGUCCCGACGCCAGUGAUGAGAUGGGCUGUGAGAAGACUGACUGCUCUACCUACAUCCUGGAUGGGUUCAACAGCUCUGAUCUGAUAAAUUGUGCCAACACCACUCACUGCAUCCACCGCAAGUGGCUCUGUGACGGUGCCAAUGACUGCUGGGACAACUCGGAUGAGCUUAACUGCACCUCAAUAACUGAACCAGUGGAGAGCUCGUCCUGCCCCAAUGGAACCUUCCAGUGCAAGAAUGGGCGGUGCAUUGCUGUGAGCUUUGUGUGCAAUGGUGAGAACGACUGCCAGGAUGAGGAGGACGGAGGGCAGCCCAGCGAUGAAGCCACUUGUGUCUACUCUUGUGCUGAGGAGUAUUUCAAAUGUAAUGACAGCAACUGCAUCCCCCGGACGUGGGUUUGUGAUGGCCACAGUGACUGUCCGGAUGGCUCGGAUGAACCUUCUGACUGUGAGUCAAAGGUGUGCAAGAAGGAGGAAUUUAACUGUACCGGCACAGGACGCUGCAUCUCCAAGCAGUGGAUGUGUGACGGAGACUAUGACUGUGAGGGCGGGGAGGACGAGAACCCUCCUGAGGGCUGCCCUGAUCCCCCUCCACUCAUCUGUGCAGCCGGCCAAUUCUCCUGUCCUAUCUAUGACCGAUAUGACCGCCGCUGCAUCUUGGAGUCGUACUACUGUGACGGACACAAGGACUGUUGGGACGGCAGUGAUGAGCCGUCCUCUUGCAAUCCUCACACCUGCCUCAAGUCACAGUUCAGGUGUGGCGGCGACGUCCUCAAGUGCAUCCCGGAAGUGUGGGUCUGCAAUGGCCGGCCUGACUGUGACGACGCCUCGGAUGAAGCCAACUGCAGCACCAAUGUCACCACCCUGAACAGCAGCUACUGUCCCCAGGGAAUGUUCAGGUGUAAUAAUGGCAUCUGUCUUGAGUACGCCUACCUCUGCAAUGGCCAUGACGACUGUAGUGACUUCUCAGACGAGGACUUUUGUAAUGUGAAUGAAUGUGCAUUGCCAAACCAGUGCCAGCAUAAGUGUAUUGACAAGGCCAUCGGGUACUCCUGCCAGUGCCACGAGGGUUAUGUCAACAAUGUCAACGACUCGAGACAGUGUGAGGAUGUCAAUGAAUGUGAGGAGUCGCCAUGUGCUCACUUUUGCCACAACACACGGGGCUCCUACCACUGCAGCUGUGCCGAGGGCUAUGUGGCGGAGAACAACGGCCACAUAUGCCGAGCAAACUCCUCGGUGAAGCCCAAGCUAAUCUUCACGAACCGCUAUGUGAUUCGGGAGAUGAAUCUUGAUGGCAGCAACAGUCGGCCGCUGGUGGCCAACCUCACCAAUGCUGUGGGGCUCGACUAUGACAUCCAGGAGAACUGCAUCUACUGGUCGGACGUCACUCACAUCUCCUCCUCCAUCAAAAAAAUGUGCAACAACUCCAAGCCAGAGGUGUUGCAUUCAGCGGUGCAGAGUCCUGACGGCAUCGCACUGGACUGGGUUGGCCGCAACCUGUACUGGUGUGACAAGGGAAAGAACACCAUUGAAGUGUCCAAGCUGGAUGGGCAGUACCACAAGGUGCUUAUCAACCAGAACCUGCUGGACCCCCGUGCCAUUGUGCUGGAUCCCUACAAUGGGUAUUUGUACUGGACUGACUGGGGAAAUGAACCACACAUUGGCAAGGCAGGAAUGGAUGGAUCACAGCAGAAGAUCAUUGUCAGCAACUACCUUGCCUGGCCCAAUGCUCUCACAAUAUCCUACGUCACCAAGGAGCUCUUCUGGGCAGAUGCUCACCAGGACUACAUUGCCUGCUCAGACCUCGACGGCAACAAUAUAAAGAAAAUCAAAACGAGAGACUCGUCUCCCAGGCAUCUGCACCACAUCUUUGCCAUCACAGUGUUUGAGGACCACCUGUACUGGACUGACUGGGAGCUCAAAGGUGUCCUCAAGGCUGAGAAAUACACUGGCAAAAAUGUCCAAACCAUCUUCCACACCACCAACCGGCCCAUGGACAUCCAUGUGCAUCACCCUUACCGCCAGCUUCCCUUGAAGGACAACCCUUGCGAGAAUAAUGGAGGCUGCGACACCAUGUGCUUGCUGGCUCCAGGUGGCGGCAAGACCUGCACCUGCCCGGAGAACUUUGUGCUGGAGGAGGAUGGCGUGUCCUGCCGCAACAAUUGUGUCUCGUCCAUGUUUGUGUGUAAAGAUGUGUACAAGUGUAUCCCUUUCUGGUGGAAGUGUGACACUCAGGAUGACUGUGGGGAUAACUCUGACGAGCCAGAAGACUGUGCUCGCUUCAACUGCACGCCAGGCCAGUUCCAGUGUAACAACGGCACCUGCAUCCAUCCCUCACUGAUCUGCGACAACAUCAAGCACUGCCCUGAUGGUUCUGAUGAGCCCAACUGUGAUGAGUAUGUGUGUAUACCGUCGCAGUUCAAGUGUCCUCCGCACAAUGGUUCCCACGCAUACUGUAUUGGCAGCAGUCAUAAGUGUGACGGCAAGCAGGACUGUCCCGGCGGUGAGGAUGAGCUGGAUUGUCCGGUGAUGUCUUGUUCUGCCGACUGGUUCUCCUGCAACAACUCUAAGUGCAUCCCUGAGGUGUGGGUGUGUGAUGGUGACCAGGACUGUGUUGAUGGCUCUGAUGAGAUGCCGGACUGCAACACCCGCCAGUGUCCGGAGGGAAAGUUCAGGUGUAAUAAUGGCCGGUGCAUCCCUCGCUCCUGGAAGUGUGAUGGUGAGAAUGACUGCCCAAACCAGGAGGACGAGAACAAUGAGGAGUGCAAAGGAACCCACACCUGUGAACAUUCUCAGUUCAAGUGUGAUAACAGCAAGUGUAUUCCCUUCCAUUGGAAGUGUGACGGUGAGGAUGACUGCCUCGACCAGUCUGACGAAACUGACUGUCCUGAGAAGAACUGCACCAGCACAGAGUUCCAGUGUGAUGAUGGAAGCUGCAUAGACAAGAAAAAUAUGUGUGAUGCCAUUCAUCAAUGUAGUGACAACAGUGAUGAGAAGGACUGCCAAGUGUCAUGCAAUGAUAACAUGUUCAAAUGUAAGACACCACCACUCUGCAUAUACAAAUCCUGGGUAUGCGAUGAAGAUCCCGACUGCACUGAUGAAUCUGACGAACGAAAUUGCACUGGAACUUGUGGUCCGGACUACUUCCAGUGCAGCAAUGGCCAGUGUAUUGUCAACCUGUGGGUGUGUGAUGGUGAGAGUGACUGCACAGACAGUAGUGAUGAGGGUGAGGAGCUUUGUGCAAACCACUCCUGCUCACCAGGGAGAUUCAGAUGCAAAAACCACAAGUGCAUUGUUGAUGAUUAUGUAUGUGAUGGAAUACGUCACUGCUCAGACGGCUCAGAUGAGGAAUCAGAGAUGUGUAUGCUGGUGAACCGGUGUGGGCCGGGGGGUUUCCAGUGCAAGAAUGGCCAUUGUGUUGGUAACAUGAGUGUGUGUGAUGGAUUUGAUGACUGCACGGACAACAGUGAUGAACUCAACUGUAACACAGGAUGCAGGUUUGGUGAAUGUUCCCAAAUCUGUAACGUGAAGAUAGAUGGAAACCACACUUGUUCCUGUGCUCCAGGCUACUCUCACAACAGCUACUCACAGAAAAAGCAGAAGUCUUGUUCAGCUGAUGGCCACCUUGCAUACAUGAUUGUGGCAAAUGAUAACUUUCUACAGAAGCUGUCACCAUACAAACAUGGCAACUCGGCUGGAACUCUCCCCCUUACCACGCUGGAUAGCUCCAUCCGAAUCCACAGUGUUGAUGUGCUGUAUGGGGAAGAGCCCAUUGCCUUCUGGAGCAACCUGCACCACCACCAGCUGCAUGCCAUGGAGGUGCCCCGCCCCUUUGAGCAGGGCAGCUCAGUGACCCAAGGCACCACCCAGAACCACUCACGCAUCAUUCAAAAAGAACUCAAUUCACCGAUGGGAGUUGCCGUGGACUGGGUGGCCAAGGUGCUGUACGUUGUCAAUUCGGGUGACAGAACCAUCGUGGCCCUGUCCAUUGACGGCUCCAAGAAGGUCACCAUCAUCUCCACCGAGACAGAGCGCAUGUACGAUGUGGUGGUGGAUCCGCUCUCUGGACAACUGUUCUUUGGAGACUGGGGAGUACCAGCAAUCAAUGUGGCCAAGAUGGAUGGCAGACUGAACAGGCCGCUGGUGGUGAGUAACAUUCUGGCUCCAGCUGGCCUGGCUAUUGAUUACCCAACGCGUCGACUCUACUGGGCCGACAUGAAAACCAACAAGGUGGAGACAGUGAAGCUGGACGGUUCAGACAGACAGCUGGUGAAGCAUUUCAGCCACGAGGACGGCAUUCCAUUGAGUCUGGAUGUGUUUGAAGAUUUUGUAUACUUCACUACCCUGCAUACAAACACUGUCAACAACAUCAACAAGUUUGGGAACAACAACCCAGGCAUCAUGCCCAUCUCCCAGCACAGCAUGAAGGUCACGGAUGUGCUCAUUGUGCAGGAGCAAAAGCAGGACUACAGGAUCCCCAACCCAUGCAGCAAUGCCACGUGUCACUCCUCUGCUCUGUGCGUCCUGUCUGGGCCUGGGAGCUACUCAUGUCUCUGUCCUGAUGGCACGGUGAUAGAGACUGUGGGAGAUCACAUAGAGUGUCACUCACAAGUUGCCAGCAGUAGAGAUUGUAAACUUUUCUGCCUGAAGGGGAAAUGUAUCAUAACCGAUCAGGGCCCCAAGUGCCAGUGUGACCCCAAGUUUGACGGGGUGCACUGCGACCACUACAGAUGUUCUGGCUACUGCAAGAAUGGUGGCUUCUGCCAGGUGGAGUCUGACAAGCUGUCAUGUCACUGCACGGGCAACUGGACGGGGCCCCUGUGUGAGACUCCCAUGCCAACCUGUGAUAACUUCUGCGAGAACAAUGGCACCUGCCACGAGCUGAGCGGCAAGCCACCGUACUGCACCUGCAAUGCCAUGUUUACUGGUGACCGCUGUGACCAGUGCAAGGCUCUACCCUGUGAAAAUGGAGGCACGUGUCGCCUGAGGGUGAGGAACGGUACGUAUGCCGUCACCCCGAUGUGUUCCUGUGCCCCGGGCUACAAUGGGGUCUCCUGCACCUUGUCUGUGUGUGACGGCUACUGCAAACACGGCACCUGUUCAAUCCAAAGCAGGGGACUUCCCCUCUGUGAGUGCAAGCUGGGAUGGAGCGGCAGGAGAUGUGAUGAAUGCAUUAAUAAGACACAAUGUGACAACUUGUGUGCAGAUGUCGAGUGUCACAAUGGAGGGAACUGCAUCAUGACGGGUCCCCCGCAGCCCAAGGCUCGCUGCUCCUGUGUGCCGGGCUACCAUGGCUCAUCCUGCCAGUUCUCACUGUGUGACACUUGUGUCAAUGGCCAGUGUUCCAUCAGGAGUGGCAUGCCACACUGCGAGUGUGACCCAGGCUGGACCGGCAGACUGUGUCAGGACCGAACGUGCCACGAAGGAGAUGAACACUGUGGCUGCCCUGUUGGCUAUCAUGGCAAGAACUGUGAUCACCAUGUGUGUGAGAACUACUGCUACAAGGGCCUGUGUGUGAUGGAGGAUGGGGAGCCCACCUGCCAUUGUCCUCUUGGCUACAGUGGGGACAAAUGCCAACAUAAUGACUGUGAACACUUUUGCCACCGUGGAUCAUGUCAGCCCACCAAGAAAGGGCCAACCUGCAUCUGCGAGGAGGGGUAUGCGGGGCGGCGUUGCAUGGAGCCUGUCCCCACUGGCCCCUGCAGCCCCUCCCCCUGCCGGAACAGUGGCACAUGUGUGGUGGUGCAGGGGAAGGGGGUGUGCAGAUGUCCCCCGGAGUUCAUGGGGGACAAGUGCCAGUAUGGGGUGAAGGCAAAUGAGAACCCAUGUAGCACUCUUACCUGCCUCCAUGGUGGGAUCUGCCAGAUGGAGUUCAGUGCUGCAGUGUGCAAGUGUCAAGCAGGCUGGGCAGGAGAGAACUGUGGCAUCCAGACGGUGUGCACGGAUGACUGGUGCUACAAUGGGGGAACGUGUAGCCCCAACCCAGAGCUGGACAAGGAGCCUCUCUGCGAUUGUCCUGAAGGUCAAUUUGGACUGCGUUGUGAAUCUUCCAAAGACGAGAGGCACGGUGUCUCAGAAGAGCCGACGACCAACACAGCCACCGUCAUCAUUGGGGUGUUUGUUGCCGUGGUGGUGCUGGUGGUAGCGGUGGUGGUGGCGUGGCUUUUGCAGCGGCAGCGGGCAAAGGGCAUCUCCCAUGUACGUCUGGAGGAGAAUGGCGGCACAGUGGAGAUGACCAACCCUAUGUACAUGCAUGCAUCCAGUGACCAGGAGGAUGACCCCAACCCUGUCUUCUCCCUGCAUGAUUCGCUGAACACCUUCAAAAACCCGGUGUACGACACUCUCUACAACGAGGCAGCAGCAACACCGCUCAACCAGGAAGAGAAGACUGGUUUGCUACAAUCGGACCCGCUGGGCGUCCUCGACACAAACGGUCCAACUGGGUCCAAGUCCUAACACCAACUAUCCCACCCAACCCCUCUCACAACCCCCACCACCGCCACCGCUACACAAACAACAACAACAACAACGGUAGCACUAGUAGAGCCAAGCAGCCGACUUAUGUGGACCUGUAGGACACUGAUCAGGAGGUGCUGGAAGGCUUGUCGACGCCUGGAAAAUGUUUUAUUAUAUAUAUACGAGGAUGUGUUCCUGCGUCUCCUGCACAGGUGAAGGUGUGAAGUGGUGAUAAUGAAAGAAAAUGAAAAAAGAAAGGUGUACUUGUGACUGGAUAGAGAAAAGUAAAAUGGAGGGAGGAGGAAACCAAGAUUUUAAUCAUUUGGUAAUUUGCAGUUGAUCUGAGUUUCCUCUCUCUCCAAUGAAAAAGAAUAUAACUAGGCUGCUGCUAAUGAAAGGGAAUGAAAAUAUUAUCAUGUGUGUGUACCUGUGUGUGCAUGCAUGUUUGUGUAUGUUUGUGCGUGGUGGGAAAUGUAUAUUACUUAUGUCCACACAGAGCAUUGAGAGAGGUUGUGUUUCCUUAAAGCAGGCUUAGUGGCCUGGAAGUGUCACAAAGGACAGAGACUGGAUGGUGUUUGUGCCAGUGUGAUAUAGUGACUCCUGCCUGAAGUAGUGAUGCUCUGAGAACUUUGUUUUUCUGAGCAUAUUAUCAUCCUCCUGCCAUGAAGUCAAGAGUGGUGAGGCAUUACUGUGCUGUGUGUUUAUACAGUUUGGGAGAUGUGUAUGUAGGGUUUUGAUACCUUAGUGUUUAUGCUUGUAAAUUUGUGCUUUACUUUGAAAAUACCCAGUCAUCUUUAAUGCUCACUUGUAUAGUUUUGAUGGUAAUUGCUGUAUGGCAGAAUUUUGUAGUACAUAGGAAAUUUAUAGAUGAUGAAUGUUUAAAAGUUGGUGUCAAAAUGGUACAAAAAAAGGAAAUGUCAAGUGAGUGACUUAGAAUAUAUGAAAACUUAAAGAUGCUUUACUCAGCUUAACUGAUAUUGACUCAAGUAGAUCAUGUCAGAAAUCAAAGAUGAAUAGAAGAAAUUAAAUAGUGUGUGUGUGUGCGUGUGUGUGUGUAGCAGCCAUUCAUUGUGUGAAGAGAUGACAAGAAUAAUUACUCAGUUGUGUAUUUUAAGUUGCCUAGGAACGUUUUUCUUACAUUAUGAUCAGUGAGGCUUUCUUAUGACAAUUUCAUUUUAAGUGAAGAAUACUAUUGUGGCCUUGACAAAAAACUCAAAAGGAUACUCAUCAAAAUACAGUACUAAAUGGAUGUUGAUGUUUCUGAACUGCAUCUGGAAGUUGUACAAGUGUACAACUGAUACAUAUCAAUGCAGCAUUAGUCUAUGUUCAGGCCAGACUGAUGUCCCCAAAGAGAUAGAAAACCUCUGUAAAAUAAAGGAAAAAUAGAGGACAGUUGCUAGAGAGGUGUGUGUGUGUGUGUGUUAGAGCAGAGCAAAUUUCCCUUUCCAUUUUAGAUUUGCCUGCACUGGUGCCAUAUUGUACAUAUUUCUAUGCAUAAUAUAGUGCAGGAUACAAUGUGUGUGUGUGUGUGUGUGUGUGUGUGUAUGAGAGAGGGUGAGGGUGAGGGAGAGGGAGAGGAGAGGGGAGAGAGAGAGAGAGUGCUUAUUUGAAGUAUGUAUAUUGAUUAUUUGAAAGUGGUUUAAAGUACCUCAUAAAUUGGAGGAUAUGAAGGAAAACAAGUACAUUAUGGUCAUGGUGUGUGAUAUUUAAGAAGCAUUAGCCUUUGUUGAUUCCUGUGUUGAUGUCAUAGUUUAAAGUGUCUGUAGAUGAGAGGAUGCCAGGUCACCUCUUGAUGUGUGCCUCCAAUAUGCUACUCACUGGACACACUGACUAGUGUCUGAGCCACAGCACUGCACCACUAUUCAUUCAGUCAUGAUCACAGCUGAACUUUGCUAUUUUGCUCAUUAUGUGAGUAAUGAUUCAGCAGUGUGUGCCACACACCACUAAGUCUCACCUUUCAUAAUCAUGUACACAUCUUUUUUAUCACAUGGUCACAGAAGUGCAGGAAGCUGUGCUUGUGGUGGGCACUUGUUCCUAGUACCACGUUGCUGAUCACUGUACUCGCUGCUUUAUGAAUCAAGACUUAUGUAGAAGUCAUUAUCACUGUCAUUACCAUUAAUUUAAGGAAACAAUAGAGCAAUAAGAAGGAAAAACAAGUCAAUUUUAUGUAUAUGUAAAUAUCUAUAUGACUAUAAAUAUAUGUACAUUGCACAAGACUUGCAGAAGGAGCAACUUUCUCCAGAUACUGGCUGCUGGUUUGGUGACCAGUGCUCCUUGCCGAGUGCUGCAGUGAGCGGCACCAUCCAGUCUGGGGUUUGGCAGUUUGACAAAGUGUUCUGUGUACUGGACAGCUUUAAGUCAGUGGAUCUAGUUUGGCUUCACCAGGUUGGUUGAUUCUCACUGUGUCUGAGGAAAUUAAUUCCUCUUAUGCAAACAUGUGAUCAUGGAAUGUGUAUCCCCUACACCUACAGUGUGACGGCAAUUGUCAACUUGGAAUAUUUUUAUCUUGUUCAAGUUUUAAAUGGUUUUGUUGCAUAUGCAUUUUAGAGCGGACUGCUGAGUUUGACUUCAUUUCUGCAGUUUUAUGUAGUGCUUUCUGAAGCCGUAAUGCUUUUUUUUUUUUUUUUUUUUUUUUUUUUUUUUUAUGACCAUAAUGUUCCUAUCCUUGCUGUGUGUGUGUGUGUGUGUGUGUGUGUGUGUGUGUGUGUGUGUGUGUGUGUGUGUGUGUGUGUGUGUGUGUGUGUGUAUAGCUUUGCCACAAGGUACAAGAGUUACAACAUAAAGAAGUACAAGAAGUCAAGAAUCACCAGUGAUAAACAUCCUAGUGUCUUAUGUUCAUGUGCCUCAUUAUUUUUGGCCUCAGACUGGUGAUUCUUGAGGCCAAAUGGCAACUGUAGUUGAUGAAAGGGACGGCAUAAUCUUUCCCUAAGUGUGUGUGUGUGUGUGUGUGUGUGUGUGUGUGUGUGUGUGUGUGUGUUUGCAGGCUGGAGGGUGCCAGGGGCCAUUCUUCAUUAGCUCCUGUGGAUGUGACAAAUAGUAUUCCUUACUGUUACUUGAAUGUAAUCUUGCAUUUCUAAUGAGCUUGGGCACACACACUGCCUUAUGCCGUCAGGGAAAAAGUUUUCAUAUUUCAAUCUGUUGGGUUUGAGAAGGAAAAAGUAAAGCUGCCCAAUGAAAACAUUAACUGUGAAACCUACUGAUGAGCAAUUGUGUGUCUAGGAGUGCAUAACCUAGUCAGUGUAGUAAGCAGUGAUGCAGCAGACUCAGUCACAUUUGCUGGUGGAUGAAUUGUUUUGCUUGAUGUAGUAUCACCAUGAAAACAUCUCAAACAAAGAUGAAAGAAAGAAAAGGUGUAAUGGCAAGAAAGAAUAUCAAUAGUACUGAUAAUUAAUUGCAGUGUUUUGAAAAUGAUGAAAGUUUAUGGUAUCCCUGUAUACAUACAUACUAGGCAUUAUACUAUUGUGUAUUUGCUGAUAAUACAUCACUUUUAUAAUACAUACAAAAGGUAUAUUACUUUACAGAACUUUUUCCUUUUUUUUCCUUUUAUUUAAUAAUGCAAGAAUAGAGAUUGUUUUUGUAUAUGUUCACUACACAGAUCAGUGGAUUUGUAUAUGUUCUGUCUUGAAAUAAGAAGCUGCAGUGGAGUGGCCUAGUAUUCGGUGGAUGUCAUCACAUAUUUUAGAGAUGAUGGUAUUGUACUACUGAAAAUCGUCUUGUUCAAUGCUGUAGAAAGCAACAGUAUUUCAUUUAAUUGAUGUACAGAUUGAUCUUGAUUGUGUGGUAAUAGGCACUUUAUAUGAAUGAGGGACAGAAGUGCGAGCUACACGUGUUGCGAGAGUGAGAAAAAUCAACUUCUUGUGUGAUCCACACCAAGUAAUACUUGUAGAGUGGUAGCCGAGAUCUGCCCACCGAUUUCAUAUAUUCUAGUGUGUUCAGAAAGUGUUCAGAAAUACUUAAGUGUGUUUAACUCUUUGACUGCUUCUGAUGGUGAUAUGAUCUGGUUCUGUGGAAUAAAAAUUGAAGCAAGUAAAGGCUUGAGUUUUCCAAGUCGCUUCUUUUGCUGUUGGUUUUUAAAUAGUAUUUGAAAUAUAACACAUUUAUAGUAUCUAGGUCAACAAGCCACAACAGUCAAAGGGUUAAGAAGAGUUAGGAACUAGAAAAGUGAAGUGAAAUGCAGACUUUGGUAGUGAGAGAAAAGGAAUAGCUGUUAACACACUACACUGUCUCAACCAUGACAAGCUUACACCUCUGUGCCGAGUGAAGUCAACACCCACCUCUCCCUCCUUCCCUCUCAUAUUAUCCAGGAGUUGUGUUGAGGUCUUUCUUCACUUCCCUACUUGAGUUUAGUAAAUUCACUGGCAGCAGUCAGUAACCCACACUCAUUUAUACUGUACAGUGUAUUUUCUCUUAGUCUUGAGUCUAAUUUGCCAACAGAGUUAUGAAAUGACAUCUCAUAGUGGCAGACAGAUCAGAGGACUUAGAGAAAAUGCUUUAUAGAUUGGAAGUGAGUGUGACACACAGAUUACUGAUUGUGGCUAUGUUCUCUCACACUUGGCAUGUAAUCCUUGAGUCAGUCAGUCAGAUAGAGUGGCUGAAGACACGAGGAAUAUAUGUUACUGUGGUGGUGGUAUUGCUGUAGUACCUCAUCCAUACUCCAUGUCCUGCCACAGGGAGAGUCUGGCACUAGGUGUUUUUAUAUCUUAAGGAAUGAGUGAUGUCUGCCUAUUUUUGUACAUAAGAAAAUAACAAUGAUCACUUUAUUAA